AAGAGUCUCUAAGAAGAGCACUAUUUAUCUAAGAGCACUAUUUAGUAUCAUAGUUAAUUAUUUUCUUUUUCUAUCUUUUAGCAAAUUACCAAACAUGUGUACGUGACCAAACCAAAGUGGCAAAAUCGUUUUGAUCAUUUCCUCCAUGAUACACCACACCAGCAUAGGGUAGAACGUAUAUACGACCAAGUUAAAGGGGUGGUUAGGUAAAAUGACUUGAAAAAUAAUAAAAAAAAAACAAGAUAGUGUACGUUUGGGGGAUAUUUGUCAGUGAGAAGAUCACACAACACCCAAUCCAAACUCUUUCCUCUCUCAUUUUUCUCUCUACUUUCUUCUCCACACUCCCUCCCUCCCAAUAUUAACAUUCAUUACCACACUGACACACACCACUCUCAGGUGAUCUCUCUUCUCAUCUCUCAAUCCCAACCACUCAUCCUCCCUUCAUUCCUUCCUUCAUUCCUUCCUUCCUCCAUCCACAAAUGCAGGAAAUACAUUCCAUCGGAGCCGGCGGUACCAGGUUCUUCGGUGGCGGUGGAGCCGCUGACCGGAGACUCAGACCAAACCAAAACAACAACAACAACCAGACCCAACCAGUCUUGAAAUGUCCUCGCUGUGAAUCCAUCAACACAAAAUUCUGUUACUAUAACAACUAUAACCUCUCUCAGCCACGCCACUUCUGCAAAAACUGCCGUCGUUACUGGACUAAAGGCGGUGUCCUCCGUAACGUCCCCGUCGGUGGCGGUUGUCGUAAAUCUAAACGAUCAACCAAACCAAAAAACUCUUCAUCCUCUUCAGAAAUCUCUACUUUGCCGAUGACUCCACCGGAGAACAAAUCGAACUCUCACUCAAGCAGUGAGAGUUCUAGCCUCACCGCCGCGGCGGUGACCGAGACUCUUUCCGAACAAAAACCGCUAAACUCUAACACGAAAAUCAACAACACUGGUUUGGAGAAUGAUUCACUUGAACAAGGUUCAGGUGAUUGUGGUAUUUUCUCAGAGAUCGCGAAUUUUACAAGCUUGAUCACUUCUUCCUCUAACGAGACAUUGCCGUUUGGAUUCGGUAACUGUAACGGUAACGGUAACGUUAACUGUCUGACCGAUGCGUCGUCGUUUCAGUGGCAGAACCAAAAAGUGAUGGAUCAACAGAAUCAUCAUCAUCAUGGAGAUGCAUUGAAGUUGUUACCGGAGAAUAUUGGUUCUGGAUCGUUGAUGGACCACAGUAUUGAUUUCUCUUUGCUACAGAGUAAAACUAGCAACGGUGGAUUUGGAUCGUUGGAUUGGCAAGGUGGUGCAGAUCAAGGUUUGUUUGAUCUUCCUAACACCGUUGAUCAAGGUUACUGGAAUCAUACUCACUGGACUGAUCAGGAUAAUGACAAUUCUACCCUCUUUCAUCUUCCUUGAUAUAGUUAUUAUAAGCCUCAACUCAACUUUUUUUUUUUAAUUUAAUUUUUUACCUUUUAUAAUUAUAUAUAUUUUAACUUUAAAGAAGAGCAAAGAAUAUUUGAAAUCAAAACCAAAGUAAAAAAAAGUGAAAGAGAAGAUGAAGAUCGAAGAUGGAAGCACUUCGUAUAAUUAAUCAUGAGGUGUAUAUUUUUUUUAUUUCUUUUUUUUUUCCUUCAAAUUUGGGAGGUUAUUAAGCUUGAUUUUAAUUGCUGAUGUGCAUGUACAACUAACUUCCAUGUUAGUUUUUAUCUGAUUUUUUAUGAGCUUGUUUUAAUAUAUUAUUUAAUAUAUAUGGAUAUAUGGAUGUUAAAUUUGAUCGAUUAGAGAAA